UCAAGGACUACCGAAAAAUGCGAUUAUUCGGGGACAAUUUCCCUUUGCUCCUGCCACUUGUACGUCACCGACUUUAUCGUGAACGUCGCUGGUAAUUCGCCGUACCACCCGAUCCCUGCUCUUAUCCGUCUGAGCCUACAUAUGUAGUUGCCUAAUAAUACAGAGGAGGAGUAUAACAAGUAAAGUUCACCUUCCUCUCCCCAGCGCCGUACAAUCGUCCCAAGUUAUGUCUGCGCUCACUAUUACUUUCAUGUUUCUGCUCACUUUCCUCUCACUAGCCUCUACGCCCGCAUCAAUACCAUCUCGUGUUGUAUUUAAUUUAAUCUUUCUACUCUUCUCUUUACACCUACAACUUCUACUGCCGCAACAACAGCAACAACAACUACAACAACUACAACCACAACCACAACAGCAAUGGCAGAAGCCGCAGAGCUCGCCGCUGCCGCCGCCUUGCCGCGUAGAGCUCUCCGCUCAGGCACCUGCCGAGUGGCUGGAUUAUGGGCGGGUCGUCUCCGCCGACGCGUCGCGCCUGAUUCCAGGGCUCGUCGCCAGGUCGCGCGCCGCCGCCGCCGCCACCUCCCUCCCUCCCCUCCCCGCGUUCUGGCGUUGCCGCGCCCUCUCCCUGUCUACCCAGAGGGUUGUUUUGCGGUGGUUUUUGAGAAUAGCCUCCGCGCCGUUGUCGAGUACCAGGAUUAAACCCUGUUUUUAG